AUGUUUCCAUUCACCAAUGUCUCCAUGUUUCCAUUAACCAAUGUUUCCAUGUUUCCAUUAACCAAUGUUUCCAUGUUUCCAUUAACCAAUGUUUCCAUGUUUCCAUUAACCAAUGUUUCCAUGUUUCCAUUAACCAAUGUUUCCAUGUUUCCAUUAACCAAUGUUUCCAUGUUUCCAUUAACCAAUGUUUCCAUGUUUCCAUUAACCAAUGUUUCCAUGUUUCCAUUAACCAAUGUUUCCAUGUUUCCAUUCACCAAUGUCUCCAUGUUUCCAUUAACCAAUGUUUCCAUGUUUCCAUUAACCAAUGUUUCCAUGUUUCCAUUAACCAAUGUUUCCAUGUUUCCAUUAACCAAUGUUUCCAUGUUUCCAUUCACCAAUGUUUCCAUGUUUCCAUUAACCAAUGUUUCCAUGUUUCCAUUAACCAAUGUUUCCAUUCACUAA